GCUGGGGGCGGCACGGCCGGACCCCAUAAAGGGCGGCGGCGAGCCCCGCUCCAGCACUCACCCCGCACGGCGGAGGCGGACGGGCCCGCGCUCCGCUCCGCAAAGCACGGCAGGCUCCUCGGCGCCCUGGAAGUGCAGGCGGGACCGUCCCGGGGCUGCCGGAGACUCGCCGGAGCGUCCUCCCCGCCCGCCGCCGCUGCCGCUGCAGCCGGGGAAGGCUGAGGAGGAGAAGCGGCAGCCGGAGCAGGACAGAAGACAGAGGGACGGAGCGAGGGGCAGCGCUGCCCUCGCACAGCCGCGCUCCCCGGCAUCGCCGCCGCGCCCCGGCCAUGGGGAAGCCGACGCCGCCUCUGCAGUGACCGCGGGACGCGGCUCCCGCGCGGUCCUCCGCCGGCAGAAAGACUCAGACACCCCCCAAAACCUGAAAGCAAAAACCCACAUCUUCCACAUCCAUUCCUAUAUAAAGUGAAAUAAAGAGAGGAGAAGGGCUGCGCCGAGCGAUGAGGAGCGGGGGGCGGCUGCCGGCGCUGGCGCCGGUGCUGGCGGCACUGCUGGGGCUGUGCAGCGCCGAGCGCAGGGCGCUGGUGCUGCCGCGGCGCCUGGGCGCGCCCGGCGCCCGAGAGCGCUUCCGCCUGGAGGCCUUCGGGGAGCGCCUGACGCUGGAGCUGGAGCCCGACAGCAGCUUCCUGGCCCCGGACUUCACCCUGCAGUACCUGGGCGGGCCGCCGCCGCCGCCCGAGGACGACCUCUCCCGCUGCUUCUACUCCGGCACCGUGAACCGCGACCCCGGCUCGGCGGCCGCGCUCAGCCUGUGCGCGGGGCUGCGCGGCGCCUUCUCGCUGCGGGGCCGCCAGUACCUGAUCCAGCCCGCGCCCGGCACCGCGCACCGACACGGGCCGCACCUCCUGCGCCUCCGCGGAGCGCCCCGCGCCGCCCCCGCCGCCCGCUGCGCCGUGGCCGAGGCGGGGGCCGGGGCGGAGCCGCCCGAGCCGGCCGAGCCCGCAGAAACGAAAAGCAGGAGGAAGAAGAGGUUCGUGUCCAGCCCCCGCUACGUGGAGACCAUGCUGGUGGCCGACCAGUCGAUGGCUGAGUUCCACGGCAGCGGGCUGAAGCACUACCUGCUGACCCUGCUCUCCGUGGCCGCCAAGCUGUACAAGCACCCCAGCAUCCGCAACUCCAUCAGCCUGGUGGUGGUGAAGAUCAUGGUCAUCUACGAGGAGCGCAAGGGCCCCGACAUCUCCUCCAACGCCGCCCUGACUCUGAGGAACUUCUGCAGCUGGCAGAAGCAGCACAACCCGCCCAGCGACCGGCACGCCGAGCACUACGACACGGCCAUCCUCUUCACCAGGCAGGACCUGUGCGGUGCCAAGACAUGUGAUACUCUUGGGAUGGCUGAUGUGGGAACAGUUUGUGAUCUAAACCGCAGUUGCUCUAUCAUAGAAGACGAUGGUUUGCAGGCUGCCUUCACAACGGCCCACGAAUUAGGCCACGUGUUUAACAUGCCUCAUGACGAUGCAAAGCAGUGUGCUGGCAUCAAUGGAAUGAGCCGGGAUUUCCACAUGAUGGCAUCCAUGCUCUCCAACCUGGACCGCAGCCAGCCCUGGUCUCCAUGCAGCGCCUACAUGAUUACAACAUUUCUGGAUAACGGUCAUGGGGAGUGCUUGUUGGACAAGCCCCACAGGCCCAUCCAGCUGCCCUCGGACCUGCCUGGCACGCUGUACGAUGCCAACAGGCAGUGCCAGUUCACGUUUGGAGACGAGUCCAAGCACUGCCCCGACGCAGCCAGUACGUGCACGACGCUGUGGUGCACGGGCACCUCGGGAGGGCUGCUGGUGUGCCAAACCAAACACUUCCCCUGGGCGGACGGCACCAGCUGCGGCGAGGGCAAGUGGUGCAUGAAUGGCAAGUGUGUGAACAAGACUGAGAAGAAGCAUUAUGAUACACCAGUGCACGGGGGCUGGGGCUCCUGGGGGGCGUGGGGCGAGUGCUCACGGAGCUGUGGUGGAGGAGUGCAGUAUUCCUUCCGGGAAUGCGACAACCCCGUGCCCAGGAACGGCGGCAAGUACUGCGAGGGGAAGCGGGUGCAGUACCGGUCCUGCAACAUCGAGGACUGCCCCGACAACAACGGCAAAACGUUCAGGGAGGAACAGUGUGAAAAGCACAAUGAGUUUUCCAAGUCUGCCUUUGGAAGUGGACCUGCGGUGGAGUGGACACCCAAGUUUGCUGGUGUGUCUCCAAAGGACAGAUGCAAGCUGGUUUGCAGAGCCAAAGGAACGGGAUACUUCUUUGUUCUACAGCCAAAGGUGGUGGAUGGCACCCCGUGCAGCCCCGACUCCACGUCCGUGUGCGUGCAGGGGCAGUGCGUGAAGGCCGGCUGCGACCGCACCAUCGGCUCCAACAAGAAGUUCGACAAGUGCGGCAUCUGCGGCGGCAACGGCUCCACCUGCAAGAAGGUGUCUGGCACCCUCGUCAGAGCCAAACCUGGCUACCACGACGUGGUCACCAUCCCGGCGGGUGCCACCAACAUCGAGGUGAAGCAGCGGAACCACCGGGGCGCGCGGCACGACGGCAGCUUCCUGGCCAUCAAAGCCGCCGACGGCACCUACGUGCUCAACGGCGACUACACGCUGUCCACGCUGGAGCAGGACAUCACCUACAAGGGCAGCGUGCUGCGCUACAGCGGCUCCUCGGCCGCCCUGGAGCGCAUCCGCAGCUUCAGCCCGCUCAAGGAGCCGCUGACCAUCCAGGUGCUGACGGUGGGGGACCUGCCGCAGCCCAAGAUCAAGUUCACCUACUUCGUCAAGAAGCCAGCGCAGCCCGGCGCGGACAAGGCGGCAGCGGCGGCGGGCAAGAAGAAGGAAUCCUUCAACGCCAUCAGGGAGAUCAUCUCCUCGGAGUGGGUGAUCGAGGAGUGGGGCGAGUGCUCCAAGUCGUGCGGCUCGGGCUGGCAGCGGCGCGCCGUGGAGUGCCGGGACCCGCGGGGCCGGCCGGCUGCCGACUGCGCCCGCGAGCUGAGGCCCAGCAACCUGCGGCCCUGCGCCGACGUGCCCUGCCCGCAGUGGCAGCUCGGGGACUGGUCCCCCUGCUCCAAGACGUGUGGGAAGGGCUUCAAGAAGAGGUUGUUGAAAUGUGUCUCUGCCGACGGCAGCGUGCUGCCCCAAGAAAGCUGUGAGCCCUCCAAGAAACCCAAGCACCUGAUAGACUUCUGCAACGCCACGGACUGCAGCUAGAUGGGACGGCUUGGGAAAAGCUAAAACCUUUUUUUUAUUAUUAUUAUUAUUUUAUUUUAUUUUUUUCCUUCAGACCAGUGCACUGAAAAACACAAAAGAGGGCUAGAGGCAGCACCUGUGUUUUUGCGUAAAGAAAUUCACAGUGAAGAUCCAUUGAGGUGGGACAGUGCAAACAGCUUGAAUUGGCUUUGCAUCCCAAAAAUCCCCUGCCAGCUGAAAAUUGGAUGGGAUAGCAGACCCAUGUCAUUCAUUUCUCUUUAGCAGAUAAGGCCCAAAGGCAUCAGAAUUGCCUUUUUACAAGUCUGUUAUAAAUUUAACCAAACGUGGGCAGUGAGCCACAUUUCAGCAAACAUUUGGUUAUUUCUCCCUUCUUUUGGAUUUAUCUUGUGGUACUGAUCAAAUCCCCAUGUGUAGGAAGGGGAGGGAAAAAGAUAGCUUAAAAUAAUUGGUCAGGGCUUACCUACCUCACAAAGGGCAAAAAACAAGAUUGGAAAAGGAGCUUUAACUAUGUCAUUCAUGGCUGCUAUUGUUUCAGAGAAUAGUUUUAUAUAAAAAUAAAGCCAUAUUCUCUACCUGUCAAGAGUAAGAAAUACCAAGAACAAAUAUCAACUCCACAAAUCACUAGAAUUUCAUAGUUUUUUUAAAAGUACCUUUAUGUCAUCCCAAUGUGCCUGUCCAUUUCUCUCAGCCACUCCAGUGCCAUUGUGGUGACAUGUGUAAUCCAGAGGCUUGGAAAAGUGGAAAUCUGAGUCUGAGUAGUUGCUCUUUGUGCCUUCUGCAUGUACCUUCCACUGGCUUUUCUGAUUCCAGCUUGGUCCUGCCUUCCUGCCAAACAGAUCCAGGGAGUGUGUGAGCAUUCCAGUCGUGUCUUCACACUCCAACCUUUGGCCUUACCCCAGCCAAUGGAUUAUUAUGUGAGUUAAAAAGGAAAAGAGAAGAGAAUCCCAUUAUGAAUGGGUGUGUCCUCUGUGGCCUCUGCUGGGUUUGUAGAGCUCAGUCACUGAUCAGGUGGGAAGGCAAAGCUGAGGGAUAGCAGGUCCAUCCACAGCGAAACGCCAGCAUUCACAUCACUGAAGAUUGUGCCAGUCCAUAGACCAUGAGAGAAUAUGGCUUUCCAUAUGUAUAUAGUAAAAUAUAUUACUAUAGAUUUUAUAUACUUCAUAAGUAUUUUAUAUUUCUCUCCCUUCUGGGAAGGGUUAUAAUUUGUAAUAAAUGCAUAUAAUGAGCGUAUUUAUUUUUAUACUUCUUGUCUAAUGUGAUCUUCUAAGUUAUCGCUUUUUUAAAAGGACAUAUAACAAGGAUAGAGUAUUUAUACAGUAUAAUAUGUUACUAGAGGUAAUAAAUGAACCCUAUAAAUUUUGGAAAUGGAGUGUCUUUAUUUCACUGGACUAAAACCAGUCCAUGGAGCAGAAAGAGUUUGGAAUCUGAGGAAAAUACUAAGCAAGAGGCAACUAAUUACCUGUGUUUAGUGAAGAGGUUUGGAAAACUCUCCCCAUAAUGUCACACACACCACUUUAAAAGAGGUAAUUUUGUAUUUUAUUACUUAACCACUAACUCAUCUAUUCCAGAAAAUGGAGUGCAACCAUAGUGAUGCCACUGGCUGUAAUAACAGCUUGGGGAGGGAGCAGCACUGUCAGUGUGUUCAGAACCUACAAAAUAUGUACAGAAGCAGCAGUUUUGCCUCACUCUGGUGGGAAAGGAGCAGUCAGAAGCCAGAACCAUUCAUGAGCAGUCAGAGGUUUCCCUCACCAACUCCUGGAGAAUUUCCCUGUCCAGUUUUCUCCUGAUGCUGCUUUUCCAAGAAGCCCUGUGUGAACGAGCUGUUCUAAUGUGUUUUAUGAUGUUAAAAUGGAUACUAAACAUCAAAAGCUGAUUUUUGCUCCCUCAUACCUGAUCUCAUCACCGCUGCAGUCAAGAGAAAAUCUUCUGUUGGGCUCCAUUGGAUUUUUGCCAUGGAAUUUGAGACAUCAGUCAUUUCUGGAUACUUUUGGCUUUGUGUCAUGUAAAAAUCUAUUAAAACUU